AUGUCAUCUUCUGAAGAAUUUCAGACUAUUUUUGAUAUCGCAAUUGCAUGUGUUCAAAUGGCGGAACAAACAUACAACGUUGUAUGUAACAACGCAGCAACAAGUUCUCAACAGAGAACACGAAGAUAUAUUUACAAAAAUUGUGAAGAAGCCAACCAACGUUUGGUGCAAGACUAUUUUGCAGAGAAUGUCACUUACCAAGGGUAUUAUUUUCGUAGGCGCUUCAGAAUGCUUAAAGGUUUAUUCGAACGUAUAGUUGAAGAUGUAAUGAGGGAGUGCAGUUUUUUCCAACAACGCUACGAUGCUAGAGGUACACUCGGUUUCACUCCCUUACAAAAAUGCACAGCCACACUUCGUCAGUUAGCAUAUGGCAUUCCGCCUGAUGCGUUAGACGAAUGUUUUAGGAUGUCUGCUAGGAUAGCACGAGACAGUCUCCAUUUUUUCUGCAAAACUGUGAUUCAGUUUUAUGAUCCAAAAUAUUUACGUAAGCUAACACGUAAUAACAUCCUGCAAUUACAAGCUCAUCAUGCUAGUGUGCAUGGGUUUCCUGGAAUGCUAGGAAGCUUAGAUUGUCUCCAUUAG